CAAGUGUGUGUGUGUGUGUGUGUGCAGGGACACUGCGCUUCAGCCAAGGUAUUCUUCUGCUUCAUCGUGUGGGCGAUCUACUGUCGCCUGACUCAUUCGCGAGAUGGGCCAAGCCCUAUGAGCUCAAGGCGACAUCUUCUCGUGAUGGCCUUGUUCUCCUUGUCGCACGCCCUGAAUGUUGGGCUCAACAACUUGAGCAUUUCACUUUUGCCCAUAUCUUUGAAUUUGGUCAUUCGCUCCUGCUUCCCGUUGUCGACCAUCUUGGCAGACGUUGUCUACAAGACGUAUGAUCCGAAGUUCGACGCGAAGACAAGCGGAUAUCACGUCGGUAACAAGGAGAAGACCUGCAUCAUCAUCGCGGUCUCGUGCACCCUCCUGGCCAUCAUCUCGGAGAGCUACGGCGGCAGCCACAGCACGCAGCCGCACCUGCACAUCGGCAUGAUGGCGGGCGCGGUCUCCAUUCUGUCGGGCACCCUCAACCAGUGGAUCUCGAGUAGCCUCGGCUCCGACCGAGAAGAGUUCCGGGAGAUGCGCUCCGUCGACGUGAUGUUCUACAGAUCGCUCCCCACGG